GCUGAUUCAUUGGUCAACUCUUCGUAUUUCGCGUAUGUUUGGGAAUGUGUUUAAACAUUUAAUAAAUAAUCGCAAAUAUCCGGAAUUAUUUUGUGCCAAUUAUUUUAAAAUUAAGAAGAAAUGGCCACGUUAAAAUCGGAUUUAGACGAUUAUUUACUUCAAAAUGAAAGCCGUCGAAGUUAUAAAUUCAAUUUACCCUUUUCGACGUCGAACUUUUUUACCAGAAGUAAUGAGGAAACUCCUACCAGCACGAGCACUACAGCCUCUUGGUUUGAAGAAGUACAGAAGGAAUAUUUCACACUGACUCGAACACAGCGGUUUAUGGGCUUCGGUAUCUGUUUAUUCUUUGGCAUCCUAUGUUUCAUAUUGUCAUUUUUGUAUAUACCUAUUCUUCUACUACAAGCAAGGAAGUUUGCAUUGUUGUUUACUCUGGGAAGUCUCUUUUUUAUUUUUAGUUUCAGUUUUCUAUGGGGGCCUUGGUCACACCUCAAAUCUCUAUUUUCAAAGGAGAAAGCAUUAACAACAUGUCUGUAUGGCUCAACUCUAAUUGCCACUUUGUAUUGUGCAUUGCACCUACAAAGUACACCGUUGACAGUCAUCUGUGCUGUGGGUCAAGUGCUGGCAUUGCUUUGGAUGAUGAUGGGAUCAAUUCCGGGUGGUGCAUCUGGAGCAAGAUUGUUUGGAAGCGUGUUUAAAUCAUCCGUGUCCAACACGCUACCCAUAUAACACAGAUUUUAUAGUUUUCUACAUGGAUUAGCUAAUAUGUUGGAACUCCAAUUGCCUAUUAGAUUUGCCAUACUCCUAAAUGCUGCUAAUUCACAUAAGAAUGGAUGUGGUUAAUGUGACCUCUUUCAUAGGUACUUAAUACCUUGACUGAAUUUAUGAAACUUUCAAUGAAUCUUAUAUACUGUAAACAAACUGUUUUAUAAUUAUUUAUCAUGUUCUUUACACAAUUACUAUUUAUUAAUUGAAUAUAUUAGUCUGUGGCUUAUGUGAUAAUAAAAAUUGGUGCUGAUGGCAUUAUAGGAUACUUUAAUUUAACUUUUAAUCUUUAUUUUAAUGUAAAAAGCGCAAUUAUUAACUUAGACUUAAAUAUUUUAUCAAAUAUUUUGUAUUAAUAUGUAAUAAUUUAGUACUAUUAUUACAUUUGUAUCUAUUAUGCUCAGUUUAAAAAAAUUAUAAAACAUCAUUAUAAUGGUAAUAUUUUAUUUCUUUACAAUUUAAAUGCAGAAUUAUACUUGUUUUUUCUCAUUUUAAGUAAUAUUAUAAUUAAAAUGUACAUAAAUA